AUGGCAUCGACUGUGAAGAGCCGAGUGUGUGCUCCUUCGAUCGCAUGCGGAAGCAUAAUCUCCGGAAUUUUGGCAGCAGACAGUCAGUGGGCACGUGCAUCGAGUGCAUUUUUUCCAAGUCGUUGUGAAUCCCACAAGUCGACGACGUCGUCCAGAACCGGCGGAGGUGGUGUUUCGUGGGGAGCUACAUGCGGUUGGACUUCCACGUCUGGGUCCGGAUGGCGAACUCGAGAGGCGUCGUCGGGCGGAACGAGGGCUGGCGGGAGCGGGUUCGUGAUUCAAUCACGGAGAAAGCUGCCAUCGCCGAGCUGCAGUGCUGCUGCCGGCAUGGAACGGAGAGCAGAGCAGCAGGAAGAGGACGAGGAUGAGGACGAGGGUUUUGUGAGAUUGAAAUUGGCCGUCUUCCUCUCGGGCGGGGGCUCCAAUUUCCGAGCUCUACACGCCAACACGCUCAGCAAUUCCAUUUACGGGGAUGUCGUCGUGGUCGUGUCCGACAAGCCCGCUUGCAAGGGAUGCGAUUACGCCCGGGAGCACAAUGUUCCCGUGCUGGCGUUCCCUCAAUCCAAGAAACAUGCUCCCGAAGGACUGACUGCGGUCGAUCUCGUGGCAGCCCUGAGGAAGCUGGAGGUGGAUUAUGUGCUGCUGGCAGGCUACUUGAAGCUCAUCCCGGAGGAGCUGGUGAGAGCGUACCCUCGGUCGAUCCUCAACAUCCACCCUGCGCUGCUUCCGGCCUUCGGAGGCAAGGGCUACUUCGGGAUGAAAGUUCACGAGGCCGUAAUCAAGUCCGGAGCAAGAUUUUCCGGUGCCACGGUGCAUUUCGUGGACGAGAAAUACGACAGCGGGCCCAUUCUGGCUCAGAGAGUCGUCCCCGUUUUGGCUGACGAUUCGGGCCACGACCUUGCUGCCAGGAUUCUUAAGGAGGAGCAUGUGCUCUACUCCGAAGCCGUGGCCGCCCUUUGCGAAGAUCGAGUGUUGUGGCGAGAAGAUGGAGUUCCUCUGAUUAGAAGAUCUUGGAAAGGGUCGGCCGAAUACUACUGA